UCCUUUGCUUCAGGAGCCUUAGGCUCAACACACAUCGCUCCUGGUGACCAUGACCCCGGACUACCACCCGCCGGCUGUAAGCCUUGCGCAAAGGCAGACGCUCUCCAGAUGUCUUCCAACAAUGACCAGGUUUUUAUCCCUAUGUCACAAAGAAACACCGAUGGCCUCCCCAGGAUGUCCCCCAAUGACCUGAAGUCACCUGAAGGAGGCGUGUUAAGUUUUCAUAACAUCUGCUAUCGAGUAAAAGUGAAGAGUGGCUUUCUGCUUAGUCAAAAAACAGUUGAGAAAGAAAUACUGAUGAAUAUCACUGGGAUCGUGAGGCCUGGCUUCAAUGCCAUUCUGGGACCCACGGGUGGAGGCAAAUCUUCGUUGCUAGAUAUCUUAGCUGCAAAGAAAGAUCCGCAGGGAUUAUCUGGGGAUGUUUUGAUAAAUGGAGCACCUCGACCUGACUCAUGUUAUGUGGUACAAGAUGAGGUUGUGAUGGGAACGCUGACGGUGAGAGAGAAUUUACAGUUCUCAGCAGCUCUUUGCCUUCCAUCAACUAUGACGAAUCAUAGAAAAAAUGAACGGGUGAACAUGAUCAUUCAAGAGUUAGGUCUGGCUAAAGUGGCAGAUUUCAAGGUUGGAACUCAGUCUACUCAUGGUGUGUCUAGAGGAGAAAGAAAAAGAACUAGUAUUGGAAUGAAGCUUAUUAUCAACCCAUCUCUCUUGUUCCUGGAUGAGCCCACAACUGGCUUAGACUCAAGGUCAGCAAAUGCUGUCCUUUUGCUCCUGAAGAGGAUGUCUAAACAGGGACGAACCAUCAUCUUCUCCAUUCAUCAGCCUCGUUAUUCCAUCUUCAAGUUGUUUGAUAGCCUCACCUUAUUGGCCUCGGGAAGAAUAAUGUUCCACGGGCCUGCUCAGGAGGCCUUGGGAUACUUUGCAUCAGCUGGUCACCACUGUGAGCCCUAUAAUAACCCUGCAGACUUCUUCCUGGAUGGUAUCACUGGAGACUCCUCUGCCGUGAUAUUAAACAGAGAGGACAGAGAUGAGGAAGUCAAGGAGUCUGAAGAGCCUCCCAAGAGAGAUAAGCCACUAGAAAAAUUAGCUAAGUUUUAUGUCGACUCCGCCUUCUUCAGAGAAACAAAAGUUGAGUUGGAUCAACUCUUGGGGGUUCAGAAAAAGAGCACAGUCUUCAAGGAGAUCACCUAUACCACCUCCUUCUGUCAUCAACUCAGAUGGAUUUUCAAGCGCUCCUUCAAAAACUUACUGGGUAAUCCUCAGGUUUCUACAGCUGAGGUAAUAACAGUUAUCCUGGGACUGGUUAUAAGUGCCAUUUUCUAUUAUCUAAAAAGUGACCCUAUGGGAAUCCAUAGAGCUGGGAUGCUCUUCAUCCUGACCAACAACCAGUGUUUCAGUACUAUGACAUCUGUGGAGAUCUUCGUGGUCGAGAAGGAGCUCUUUAUGCAUGAACAUGUCAGUGGAUACUACAGAGUGUCAUCUUAUUUCUUUGGGAAACUGCUAUCUGAUGUACUACCAAUGAGGACGUUAACAAGUAUGCUAUUCACUUGUAUGACAUACUUCUUGUUAGGACUGAAAUCAAUGGUGGAGGCAUUCUUCAUGGUGAUGUUUACCCUUAUAAUGGUGGCUUAUACGGCCAGUUCUAUGGCACUGGCCAUAGCAGCAGGUCUGAGUGUGGUAUCCAUAGCAACACUUCUCAUGAAUAUCUUCUUUGUAUCUAUGAUGAUUUUUUCAGGGUUGUUGGUCAAUCUCAGGACUGUUGUGCCUUGGCUGUUGUGGUUUCAGUAUUUGAGCAUCUCUCGGUAUGCAGCUUUGCAGCAUAAUGAAUUUUUGGGACAGAACUUCUGCCCGGGACUCAAUGUAACAGCAAACAAUACCUGUAGCUUUGCAAUGUGUACUGGAGAAGAAUUCUUGAUAAACCAGGGCAUCGAUCUCUCACCUUGGGGCCUGUGGCAGACUCAUGUAGCCUUGGCAUGCAUGAUUGUUAUCUUCCUUACAAUUGCCGACCUAAAAUUGUUAUUUCUUAAAAAUUUUUCUUAG